CAAGUCUCCUCAGUCUUCUUGCGGAAUUUUCCUUCUCAACUUCACCAGGGGUUCGACGACGAUCCAGAGCAAGAUCGUCGGCUACAAGGCAACGCAGAAAUGACUCGCCCACUCUAGAGCGACUCCAGAAUGAAGAAUUUCAGGGACAGACUCCCAGAGAGAGACGAACCCGAGAGCCAAGGAUCACGGCAGAUGCCGCCAUCUAUGAGACGAACUUGACAAGCGGAGGGAGGAUGGCACGCAAGCCACGAUAUGAGGUUAAAAGUGACACCCCCUUCUUCCUCUUCUCUAAAUCCGGUCUAGGGAAGUCCGUCUCUCUCUCGGCUACGAUUUACAUACUUGAAAAGGAAACCCGGAAUCCCGCUUGUGCUUCUCGUCCCCAUCCUUUACUGCUCUCUCGUACGACAUCCCCCCUUCACGAUAUCGGUCGCCAUGAAGCUUUCAGGCAUGCUGGCGGCCAUGGCCACAGCCCUCGCGGCCUUCUCUUCAACGGCCCAAGCCGCGACUUCAGCUGCGGAAGCGUUGGCCAUGGCUCAGAAACUAUACCCGGAAUGCGCACUCGUCUGUCUCACCAAGCUUGUCCCGACGUCGGGUUGCCAGCUUACGGACACUGCGUGUCUUUGCACCAACGAGGAGCUCAAUGCCAACCUCUCCGUCUGCGUGUUGCAGGGAUGCAACUUUGAGGAUGCUCUCAAAACUAAGAAUGGCUCGGCGACCAUGUGCGGUCUACCUGUCCGAGAUGAUACGAUGAAGCCUCCUCUCGUAGCAGGUGUAGGAUUCGGUAUAGCUCUCAUCAUUUACAUACUCCGUAUGUGUUCUGCUCUGCCUGGAUGCAACAGAGAACUCAGCUGGGAUGACUGGACCAUCACCGCUUGCGUUCUUCUCACGAUCCCGCCAACCGUCUUUGCCUUCACACUUUCUGCAAAUGGAUUGGGAAAGGACAUUUGGACUCUGCCCCUCCAGAACGUUGAGAACGUACUGUUUUUCUACUUCCUCGGCGAGCUCUUCUACUUCCUCGCCCAGGCAAUGAACAAAGUCUCUAUCCUCCUCUUCCUCCACCGCAUCUUCCAGCACAACAGCCUCGGCAAGGCCAUCUGGGUCACAAUCGGCCUCACCCUGGCCUACGCCGCCGCCUUUUUCUUCGCCACGCUCUUCCAGUGCUGGCCCAUCAACCACGCCUGGCUGCAGCUCGAGUCGGAUCACAUGGGCCGCUGCAACAACAUCCAUCUUCAGGGGUGGUUGAGCGCGGCUUUCAAUAUCGUGCUGGAUAUCGUCAUCUUGGCGCUCCCCUUGCACCAGCUUUAUCAGCUGCAGAUGCCUCUGAAGAAGAAGCUCAUGGUCAUGGUUGUAUUCUCCAUGGGCAUCUUCGUCACCCUCGCCAGCGUAAUCCGCCUUCGCACCCUCGUCGUCUUUGCAAACUCGACAAACAUCACGUACGACUACGUCGACGCGGCCUACUGGAGCACAAUCGAGCUCUAUGCCGGCAUUAUCACGGCGUCCCUCCCCGCCGUCUACAAGUUCCUCUCUAGCGCCUUGUCCCAAAACGCCGCCUGGUCGGCCGUCAAGUCCAAGCUGUCUGGCGCGUCGUCGGGCUCGAGGGGAACCGACAACUCGCACUCGGCGGUGGCGACUGGUUCCAGUGGUCUGAAUCGACGGCUCACGCCAAAGAGGUCUGAGGCCGAGUUUGUUCUUUUGACGGAUGUUGAGAGCGGCAAGAGUCAGAGGUGGGACUAA